UCAUGCGUCGGGUUUUUAUUGUGAAGUUCCAAACCGGAAAUUAUAGUUCCUACGGGCGGAAGCUUGUUUCCGGGCUGUGUCAUUAUGGUCGCCGUCCCAUCAGCGGUGGGCAGCACAAACCUGACGGGAUUAGGAGCUUCCUCCGCAGUUGAGGAGUUUAGAAACGUUUUCUGUUUUUAAUUCCAUUUCAAAAAACAUCUUUUCGCUGCCAUUUUCGACCGGAAGUGGGCGCGAGGACACCGGAACCCCAACGUGGCCCGCUCGUGGCAUCCUUCAUCUUACUGUCGGUGCAUGUGGUGAAAUACCGGGAUGAUGAACGGGACCGAACCUGGACCCGUUGAGGAUGCCUUCAGGGACCGUGGGAAUCUUUAAACCCGCACAGGAAGCCACUUCUGUUGUUCUGGAGAAGCUGGAAACGUCAGACCGUGAGAGGUUCUGGUCAGGAUGCUGAAGGUGAUCAUUUAAGGACGACCAGAAGAACAGGGACUGAAUGAUCGGGUCGGUGCUGCAUCAAACCGAAACCCUUCAGACCCGAUGAUGGGGGGCAGGCCCACCACCCACAGGACUACUCUGGUCUAACAGGAGUUCUGGUUCCCCUACGGGAGAGAAAACCGUUUCUGCGGGGCGGCGACCCGCCAGAACGAUGGACUACCACGCCGAGGGCUGCUUCUGUGACCCGGAGGAGGGGCCGGAUGAACCCCCCCUUCACAGCAUCCACGCUCCCAACCGGAUCCGGCCUUCCUCCUACCGGGCCCUGAGGAGCGCCGUGUCCAGCCUGGCCCGGAUCGACGACUUCUUCUGCGAGAAGAUCGGCUCGGGCUUCUUCUCAGAGGUCUUCAAGGUGCAGCAUCGCAUCACAGGCCAGGUGAUGGCGCUGAAGAUGAACACGCUGGCGAGCAACAAGGCCAACAUGCUGCGGGAGGUGCAGCUCAUGAACCGCCUCUGCCAUCCCAACAUCCUCCGGUUCCUGGGCGUCUGUGUCCAUGAAGGUCAGCUCCACGCUCUGACUGAGUACAUCAACGGGGGGAACCUGGAGCAGCUGCUGGACAGCGACCUGUUCCUGUCCUGGGGGGUCAGGCUGGGCCUGUCUCAGGACAUCGCCCGCGGGCUGCAGUACCUGCACAGCAAAGGCAUCUUCCACCGAGACCUCACCUCCAAGAACUGUCUGGUCCGCUGUGAGAACGGCAGGUUCACCGCCGUGGUCGGAGACUUUGGUCUGGCAGAGAAGAUCCCUGACUACAGCGGCCCCGAGGAGAAGCAGCCUCUGGCCGUUGUGGGCUCUCCGUACUGGAUGGCCCCUGAAGUUCUGAGAGGAGAACUUUACAAUGAAAAGGUGGACGUCUUCGCGUUCGGCAUCAUCCUGUGUGAGAUUAUUGCCCGAAUCGAAGCCGACCCGGAUGUCUUACCCAGGACUGAGGACUUCGGUCUGGACGUGGAGACCUUCAGGAACAUGAUUGGAGACUGUCCCGCCGCGUUCUUCGGCCUGGCCGUGUCCUGCUGUAACAUGAGCGCAGAGAGCCGCCCCUCCUUCUCUGACAUCGUCUGGUCUCUGGAGGACAUGGAAAGGCCGGAGGAGCGCCGCCUUCCAGCCGAGCCCGUGGCGGUGGAGGUCAGCCCGUAUCGGCGCCGCAGCUCUCCGUGCCCCCCCACGGACCGCGCCCAGCUGCGUCCGGGACUCUCCAGGAGCCAAUCGGACAUGCUGCCCCCCAGCUCCCUGACGUCCCCCCUGCUGGGGACGCCUGCACGGGUCAACCCCUUCUCUCUGAGGCGGGACCUAAACGGGGGCCGCUGCAAACUCUUGGACACGCCCAGUAAGUCGGUCAUCUCCCUGACCUUUGCCCUGCCGGCGCAUCCCUGCACCUCCCCCCACCUCCUCAGAGAGAGACGGGGGCCACAGAGGAGGUGCCAGUCUCUGCCCUGCACCCCGGAGAUGGGCCGGACCCCCCCCUUCCCCGCAGACUGCACAGUGGACAGUAGGAAGGUGGGGGUUGGUGGGGGGGUGGAUGGAGACGCAGAGAGGAGGGGCUUGUUGAAGGAGGAGGGCGGGGACGACGACUCUGGCCUUCCUGUGGAGCUGGAGAUGGUGUCUCUGGAGCGCCUGGAGGAAGAGGAGGAGGAGGAAGAGGAGAGCGUCUGCCUGACCGAACCCAUGGACGUCAGCCGCUCACCUGACCCAGCCCACAGAAUCCUGAACUCCACCCCUCUCAAACCAAGCCCCGCCUCCUUUCUGACCAACGGAUGGAGACGCCCCAUUUCCAACGGACCGCCCACUUUGUCCCCGCUGCUGCGAUUGGACAACAACAACGGCUCUGCCGUAGCGAUUGGUCAGCAGGUGCAGUGGGGCGGGGCUGCCGUCUCCAACGGUGGCGGCGGAGCCCGUGUUCGACCCUGCGACUCCCCGGAGCAGGAGGACGCCGUCUCCUGUCCCAGCUGCUGCUGGGUGGGGCUCAGCCUCCCGUCGGCGUGCCUCCGCGGUUCUGCCGCCGUGCCCGGCCCCAGACGGCGCGCCUCGUUGCAGCGGCCGCACCGCAACCUGAACGGGACGAUAAGUGGCAAUAGCUCCUCCCCCACAUCAAAGGUCGCCAAAGGACUCCUGUGUGGCGCCGCAAACGGGCUGGGGGGGGCGGGGCGCUCGCUGCCGGAAGCCCAGACUUAGGAGUAAAUCCAGAUGAACCAGCUGAAGGCCCAAACACGGCUGCUCCGGCAGCAUGUAGGAGGGAGGAGGGGAUUCGAACCCUCCCCCAACACCGCAGACCCCGCCCCUCCGUGUGGGGGGAGGGAACUUUGUUUGGAUGCUUGGAGGAAGGAAUCUGCUGGGCGGCUUCAACAGAAUCUGAGGACAGGCCCGUCACCGGUGAGGGCGGGGCCGUCACCGGUGAGGGCGGGGCUGUCAGAUGUGGGGGCGGGGCCGUCACAGGCGUGGGGGGGGCGUCACCGGCGAGGGCGGGGCUGACAGAUGUGGGGGCGGGGCCGUGACCGGUGAGGGCGGGGCCUGCAGGAUCUCUUUCUAAUAUUUGCACUCAAGUUUUCAGCACUUUCACUUCCUGAAGACGUUCAGCUUUUUGUGUGUGUGUGUGUUCAUGUGUGUGUGCGUGCGUGAGUGUGUGUGUGUGUGUGAAUGCAUCGGCCACUCAUUCACACUGCUGUCUCAGUGUGUGUGUGUUUAUAUUUGAGUGUGUGUGUGUGUUUGUGUGUCACCUGAGUUUAGUUCUGUUGGAAAUCUUAAUUUAUUUUUUGCUGAGUCAUGUCAGGCUGGAUGAGAGUUUUCUGUUCCACACUGAUGUUUAUAAAUAAACAAACUUGUGAAUAAAGUGUGACAUGCUUUUA